AUGUCUACAUCCAACGAGCUCUUCGAACAGACACGAAACACCGGUCAAUUUGUAAAAAGAGCCUACAUUAUCAGAAGUGAAUUCGUCAACCCUAGCCUUUUCGACGACGUCGUUAAGGAACACCGAGACUACUUGGAAGAACUGGCCGCAAAAGGCAAGCUUUUAGCUGCUGGACCCUUUGUACCUGGCGGGUCGGAGAGUAAAUAUAGUGGAGUGGGCAUGAUUGUCGUGUAUGCCGAUUCUGAAGACGAUGCUAGGUUCAUAGCAGAGGAAGACCCGAUGCAUCGAAAAGGCGUGCGCCAGUUCACAAUCGAUUUCUGGCUUAUUAAACAUGUUGCGCAGUCUUAUAAGGAAAUUCUAUAG